CGCGCACACCGAAAUGUCGUAAAAUAAUGGGUAAAAAUGGUGGUCAUAUAAUAUUAAAAUGUGGUUGUUAUGUAGAAAAGACUACUUGAAAUUGAAGAAAAAGUGCCGAAACGACUGGUGAACGGGCCGCACAGUGCGAAAUCGUGAUCGUGUUCGUGACCGGAUUAAUAUGUGCGCAUCAAGAAAUUCGUGAAGUGCCUCGGGAACUAUUUCUUAUUUAUUUUAGGCGGCCGCACGAAUAAUGGCCCCGUCGCCCGAAAAUGACACCAGUCCUAAGGCCCCCGACAAAUGCGACCGUGCGGACAAAGUGUGCCUGAACGACACCGCCAAGGAGAACGACAAAGACGCGAAGACACUAUCCAACCUAAACGACGACGAACUCAAGGCGCUGCUUGAGGAGGCGAUCCACUACAAAAAUCCGAAGGACAAAGAGGGCAAAAGUAAAUUGUUCAAGAACUUGCUGAGCAAGGCGGUCGAGGAUGAGCGCAAGAACAGGGCGACGAGCGCGGGCGGCUCCGAGCUGGUGCGCUACUUCAACACGACCGCGCGGCCCAACGGCGGCCGCCGCUACGGCGGCGGUUCGGGCGGCGGCGCCCACGGCCAAGGCGGCGCCGGCGGCCGCCGCAAGCCCUCGUCCAUAUCGGAGAACGUGAUGCACGCCGGCAGUCUGGACAACCUGGCGAACGAGGAGCUGUACGAGGCGGAGCGCAGGCAUCGCACCCGUCGCAACGUCAGCGCCCGUCAGCGGGAAGGAGGCAGUCUACCAUGCAACGUGAACGCGAGCAUGACGCAGGUGCACGACCUGCAGUUCUUCGAGGAGGCGAGGCGCAAGCGGGAGCUGCGCAACGCCCCGGACUACACCGCCAUCGACAUGGAGUCGAUGGGGCUGCUCGAGGACGACUCGCUGGCCCAGAACUACCAGACGGAACCGCCGCCCGUCGAGCUGGCGGCGGCUGCGGCGGCCGCCGCCUCGGCCGAUAGUGCGGCCGGGGUCCAGGCGCAGCAGCAGCAGCAGCAACAGGCCGCCCCGGCCGUUCAGGUGCCGGCCAAGUUCACCAGCAAGGCCACCCUGCAAGUCUCCAACGUGGACGACUGCGUACAAUUACCGGAUUUGGAAUUAAACAAUGACAAAAAGACAUACGAUCUGGAAACACUACAAAACAAAGUGAUACACAGCAAGUACAGCGUUUACAUCCCCACUUACAGAAUGAUUGACGAAUCCAAAAAGGUAGAUGAGAACGGUAACGCUUUGCAACAGACCACCAACACCAAGUCGAAAAAGAAGAAGAUCCAGAGCGACAAGAACGUAGUGCUGAUUGCAUCGGAAAAUGUGGAGGGACAUCGUAGCGACAUCAUCAACGACAUACCCAAGCUGGUGGAGUUUAUCGGAGGAUCGGAGGCGUUGGGCAAGCGUCCCAACGUGCACAAGUCGAAGCAGCUUCACAAGCAACAUACGUCCGAAGACGGCUCCAAAGGUGGAAGCAAAAAGCAAAGAGCCCACUCGACCAAGGGCAAGGAGUCGCGGGCGUCCGAACUGAAGAAGAGCAACUCGUUGGGCGAGAUCUCGACAGCUAAUUUGGCGGACUUCGCGUUCGGCACUGACGUGGACGCCGACGGCACGAAACACGGCGACGGCGGCGCCAAGGUGGCGUUGCGCGUGACCAAGAGCAACAACGCCGACAGGCCGCGCGAGCGACGCUCGUGGGGCACGGUGGAGCCGCCACCGUUCCCCGGACUGUCCAACGACACGUCGAACGAGCACCUGGAGAACAGCGCCGCCGCCGACACUUGGAUCGAGACCAAGACGAAGAAGAAGAGCAAGAAGCGUCGCAACUCGGUAUCGAGCGGCGGCGGCCGAAGGCAGGCGACCGGCACCGAAGGCUGCGCACGGCACGCCCACAACAGGGCGCCGUCCCCCGACCUGCGGGGCAAGGUCGCCUGCUCGGUGCCGCACAGCGAGAAGUCGAACGACUCUUCCGACGUCGACUCGGUCCAUUCGUUGCCGAUCGACGGCCUGAACACGCCGAUAUCGUACGCGGAUAUCGCGAAGAACAGCAACGACCGCCUCAAAGAGAAGAAGCUCUCGCCGGAGAAGCCGGCCGUCGAGCCGCCGCCUCCGACUGUCACCAAGGUGACGGCUGUCCCGCCUCCGGCGGCUCCCGUUGCCGUCGUCCCCGUUGAGACUCCCCCAGCACCGGUCCCGCCCGCAGUCGUCAAGGACAAAGUCGUACCGCCCGAGCCGGUGCACCACGUCGAAGUCCGCACCGCCGCGGCUGUCGUUACGGCCGCCGUCAAGACUCCGACCGUUCCCGUCAAAAUUCAGACGCCGCCGGACGUCACGAACUUUAAGAGUUUCCCGGCUAUCAGUGGCGGCAAGUCGCAUGUGGCGCAAAAGGACGCGGAGAAGGUUAACGGUGGUAAAGUUGUUGGGCAACAGAAGACGAAGGCGGGUCCGCCGACGCCCAGUUUGGCGGCCAUCACGGCCGGCAAGGGCGCCAAAAACGGCGGCGUUUCUAAUGCUAAGGUCGCGUUGCCCGUCACUGUACCCACACAGAACGAUAUUAAUAUACAGAAUGAUUUGACGAUAAUCCAGGCGAAUGAACGCGAGAACAUACAGUUCAACGCCCAACGCCUGCCCCCCAAUAUACCGGACGUCCAGUCGAUUGAGAAGCAUUUCCUGAGCGGGGCGAGAGGCGUCCAACCGUCCGAAGAGACGGCCCUGCCGCCCGACAGCCCGCCCAGUGCCUCAUCCUCGUCCAGCGUUGUGUCGCACGAGACUGUCGCCAUGGGAGACACUGUUAACACGAACGGUCUGAGGGAGGCCUCCACUUCAACGAUGUCUUCGUCGUCGGAGGAGGACCAGGCGCCACCGGUUGUUAUACUAAGCGGCGUCAACGGCAAAGAGGUGCCGGGUUUGGUGUUUGGAUUCGAGGUGAAUGAGCAACUGCUUAACGAAGACGUGUGUGAGACCUUCAAGGCCCGUUACUACAUGCCGGAGCAGUACGACUCCCGUCACCACGACAAAAUCGUUAACUUUAUAGGUUUAGCUUGGGAAUCGGUGGUGAACCAGUCUAGCGACAAAGUGGUGUACUACGUGAACGGUCAGUAAAAAGUAACCACGAGGAAGUGCGCGUGCGCCACCGGACAAAAACAAUUUACAUAACUAAUUUUUGUGUAUUUAAAUAAUACUAGUCAAAAAAGAAUAUAAAAAAAACCCAAUAAACAAUAGAACGAGGAUCGUGUGCGGACCGGAACGCAGGAGUGCCGUUUUAUAAUGUUUAAUUUGUUAAUUGUGCAACAAAAAUAAAAAUGGGAGCAAACACGGACCAUCUCGAAUCGUACCACGGUCGCGUCGGAGCAAUGUCGAGUUGAUGAUGCGGCGUCCCGACGACCGGUAACGAGGUUUCGGGACGCCACACACCCCCCUAUUAAAAUAAAAUCACCCCCUUCGUUGUGUUUAAUUGUACUGUUUUAAAUGUCGGGACUAAAUGAAGCGAGUUUGUAAUGCUUUAGGAUCGUUUUUAGACACGGUUGUAGUGACCAUCAUCCGUCAUCAAUCAUCAAUCAACAACAAUCAUCGUCGUCAUUAUAAAAGUGAUCGUAUAUACAUAUGUAAAAAGUGUCUAUAUAUAUAUUUAACUGUAUUAGUGAAAUUACAAGGUUUAUAUGUAGGCUUAUUUUUGGUUCCAAAACACUUGCACACCUAGGACUAAGAGGUCGGUGGAUGUGGGGGUCACGGGCACGGUUGAUGCAACGAAUAAAUCUUCAAAAUACGCCGCAAGCUCUCUAACGUCGCCCCACAGGAAAGACAAUCAAUUUGGCCGCAGUUUCGAUCACAGUAAAGCAGAUUGCAUCGAAUGAAUUUGCCCCCCUGUUUAUGUAUAUACUUGGCCUCCUUUUUUUUGUAAUUUACUACUACGGGGUGCCCGUCCCUACCACAACCCGCCUCCCCACUGAAUGAAACUCAAGUGUUUGGCAUAUACAUAAUAUUUUGCUGUUUAAUCAUUUUAAGACGUAUUUUUGUUUGGUCAAUGUGUUUCUGCCUUAUUUUUUAUGAUUUACGAACGUUUUUCCUAAAUAAACAUAAACCAGGCUUCGGCCUAGGCCGAAGCUGUUUAAAAAAAAACGUAAAAUGUGUAAAAAUUUUAUAAUAAUAUUAACACACAACUGUCAGUCGUUUGUGCUUUGGAAGUUCCCUAAACAGAAAAAAAUGAAUUCACAGGGUAAAAAUGGUAUUCAUUAGGAGUUUAUUUAAUUUGUUUUUUUGGAUUUUAGUUUAUGGUGCUUAUUUAUUGAACUUCCGGACCGGAAACGGCUGACACCAGAAACACAUUGAAGUAUAUACGUAAAAACACGGUCGUGCUCAGAUUUGCAAUGAUUUACAUUUAAUAUGAGCAGUUUUACUGGUCGCAGACUCGUUCCUGUUUUGUUUUUAGUUAACAAAUUGUGCUGCCCACUGCUUCCAACACGAACGUGGCGCACGGCAUUUAUAUUUUUUUGUUUUUGUUUUGAGUUUUUGGGAAUCUGAGCCUCGACACACAUCAAUGUAACAUAGAUAUCAGAGUUAAAGCGUUUCUUUAACAAUGUUUAUUUAUUACUGAUUAAAGAAAAAAAUUUAAAGGUAAAAUUAAGUUCCGGAGGAUGGCGACGUUUUCAACCACAAAAAACUCGUUGAUCCCGGGGGACGCUAUAUAAAUGUAAAAUAGUUGUAAUAUUUAAUUAAAAAAAAAGCUAAGUCAUUUUUUAGUUCUUACGAUAAUGGCUAAAAUAGUUAUUUUUGAAAAAAAAAUUUUAGACAGUUAGAUGAAUAUGUCAAACUAGAUUUUGUACCAGUAUUUCGUUUUCUCAAAUAAAUUUACAUUUGUGCAGUUUUUCGCAGGUAUAAAUGAAAUUGAUAAACACAAAUUCAGUACUGGUUUCUACAAAUAAAAAUGCUAAAGGCGAAUACCCUGAUUAAAAUUACACGCUUUUGCGCAAACUAAGGAAAUUAUUAAAUGAUGAAUUCGCGAUUUGGAUCAGUUCAGGCCCGGUUUGCACGGUUUUAUAUCAAUACUUAUAUUUUUUAAUUAAUGCAAACCGCAGAAAGGACCCAAAUGCGAUUAACAGGUUUACAAACGUUUUUGUAUUUCGGAUAACUUAAUAAAUUGAGCUGAUUUUCGUUUAUUAAUAAUUAUGCUUUUAUUAAUUUUAUUCUGUAGAAUUCCAGAGAAGCGUAAAAGUGUAUAAUUGUUGUUAUUUUGUUAUAUUUUUCAUUUUUUUUGGUUAUUUUAUUCACAAAGUUUAUAUAUAUUUUGUAUAAAAGGCAAUUGUAAAAUAACAUAAUCUUGAACCGUUGUUUCAUUUAAAAGCGAUUUGUGAUUUUACGUGAAUUUUUUUUUUGUGGUAAAUUGUAACAUACUUAGCAACUAUUAACUUUUCUUUAGUUUCCAGGAUAUUUACUCAUGACAUUUUUUGAAAUCAAUUCAACUGUUAUAUUUUUAAAAAUGAAAAGUUAAUAUUGCUUUCUGAAUAAACGAUAAUUUAUUCA